AUAUCACAAAAUUUACAUAAAGAAGCAGCUACUCAGGCAUCUCGAUGUGUGAGUAGUAGUGCUAGACCACCACUAGCUUUUAAUUUUACUGGGGAUAUACCUCUAAGUAGUCGUCACAAUACUGACAAAGAAGACAUGCGGAGUGAAACUUCAGCAAAUAUCAUCGAUUUAUGGACUUCUGCUGGCAGUAAGAAUGCUGAAGAUGGAAUUUUGAAAGAAAUAAAUUGGAAAGACGAAAAAUAUAAUACCUCAAUUGCUUUCUCGAAGUUAGUCUUUUUUAUAACACCUACAGCCGCAUUGGCGAUUAAAAUUAAAAAAAUUACAAUUUGUUCUAUGAAUGCAGUAUCAUGUUCUUUAGCUUUUUCAGGUAAAGCCAGUAUAAAAGAUAUCACUGCAGAAAUUAAAAGAUUUAUAACAAGUUGA